AUGGAAUAUAUCGGAGAUGGCACACUUUAUCACCUCUUCGACAAUGUCAAGCCGGAACACAUGACUCAGGUCAUGAGAGCUCUCGCAAAGCUUCAAGCAACAGCCGUGAAGUUCACCGAUGAGGAGAAAGCGCAUUUCCAGUCACACCCAUACAUCGCACUCUUCGCGACAAUGCUCAAUAAACAGGCAGCGGAUGGUUUUGUCGCGAUGUUGCGCCAGUUUGCUGGAGAACAUCUCAAGGACAAAGUCGACCAAUGGAAGCUGCUCUUCCCGAAAUUGCUGACGAAUGGAGCCAGUGCUAUGCCAUGGGGAUCUGUGGGCAACGAAUCUCAUGUGGAAAAAUGGCAAAAGCGCGCGUCGAAUGAAAGCUUGUUGAUGGUUUUCCAGAAUGCGCAUCUCGGAUGUCCGAGUGUGGACGUCGUGCGAGUCUUCAGUGGCUGCAUGAGCGCCAAAGACCGUAGGGACAAUUGGGAAUCUCUCCUUGAGAAACUGUACACGUAUCUUGAAGAAGAAAUGGCUGGUCACAGUAUGCCAUACACUUUGGAUAUGCUGAAAACGUCAUAUCGACUUUUCUUCCCACUCGGUGCCUUUCUGAUGCUACCAAUGUUUGGACCUACGCUACAAGCAGUGAGCAGCAGCACUGAUGUUGAAUACAAGGCAAAGGCUUCUGCUACCAUGUUCGAGAAGGUUGAGGGGUUGUUGGAGGACAUCUGUGAGUUUCAUCAGAACAACAAGCAAAAAAAUGGACACCAAUAG